CCACUCUCCAGAGAGACCGAAUCUUCAAACAUUUUACCAGGAAGCGCCAAAGGGCUAUGCGAAGACGAGUCCACCAGAUCAAUGGGCACAAGUUCAUGGCCACAUACCUGAGGCAGCCCACCUACUGCUCCCACUGCAGAGAGUUUAUCUGGGGCGUAUUUGGGAAACAGGGUUAUCAAUGCCAAGUGUGCACCUGUGUGGUCCAUAAACGCUGCCAUCAUCUAAUUGUUACAGCCUGCACCUGCCAAAAUAACAUUAACAAAGUGGACUCAAAGGUUGCUGAACAGAGGUUUGGCAUCAACAUCCCACACAAAUUCAGCAUCCACAAUUACAAAGUGCCAACGUUCUGUGAUCACUGUGGCUCCCUGCUCUGGGGAAUAAUGCGACAAGGACUUCAGUGUAAAAUAUGUAAAAUGAAUGUACACAUUCGAUGUCAAGCCAACGUCGCUCCCAACUGUGGGGUGAACGCGGUGGAGCUGGCCAAGACCCUGGCAGGGAUGGGUCUCCAGCCCGGAAAUAUUUCACCAACCUCGAAACUUGUUUCCAGAUCAACCCUAAGACGACAGGGAAAGGAGGGCACCAAGGAAGGAAAUGGGGUUGGGAUUAAUUCUUCCAACCAAUUUGGCAUCCACAACUUUGAAUUCAUCCGAGUGUUGGGAAAGGGCAGUUUUGGGAAGGUGAUGCUUGCCAGGAUAAAAGAAACAGGAGACCUCUAUGCUGUGAAGGUCCUGAAGAAGGACGUGAUCCUGCAGGAUGAUGAUGUGGAGUGCACAAUGACCGAGAAAAGGAUCCUGUCUUUAGCCCGCAACCACCCCUUCCUCACCCAGUUGUUCUGCUGCUUCCAGACCCCUGACCGCCUGUUUUUUGUAAUGGAGUUUGUGAACGGAGGUGACUUGAUGUUCCACAUUCAGAAGUCCCGUCGUUUUGAUGAAGCCCGAGCUCGUUUCUAUGCUGCAGAGAUCAUCUCAGCUCUCAUGUUCCUGCAUGAGAAGGGAAUCAUCUACCGCUGUCCCCCUCUGGAAAAUUGGAGCAAUGUGAUUCCCAUCUCCUGGGACCUCCCUCACUCCUCAGCAUUUCUUAUCAGCAAACUUGGAGACUCCUCAAACAUCUUUCAUUUGUGCCUGGAAUUUUGGAAUCUUACUGUUACCUCACCUAUAUUAGGAUUCUAUUCCAUAUCUAUGGUUCUUUGUAUUCAUGCUAGUGAGAAAAGCCUUCUUUUAAGAUAAAAAAAAAUGGUAGUCAAGUUGAGUCUUUCUCUUUUCCCUUUGUCAUCUAAUGGCAUCAUUCUUUCUACUCCAUGAAAAAAUAGGUUCAUUAUUUUUUGAUCUGUUUACUGCAGAGACAGCUACAAACUGUCAGUUGUUACAUUUAUAGUCCUUGUUUUUCCAGGAAGUACCAACGAUGGGAAUGCUCAGUUCAUGAAUAACUUUCACCUCAGCUUCUGACUGUGAGCCCUCCACAAGAUUGAUACCAGUCACAUUCCUGUCUCCUUUCUCCAUGCCAUGCUUUGCUCUGCCAGUGGUGGCCUCAUUCAGUGACUGCUCUUCCACUGUCACCAGAAAGUGACCACCAUCCCCUACUCCUUUUUCAGGAAUGUGCUGGAGAGCUCAGGCUUUCCAGCUCAGUAGAUUCACUUCACAUUUCCCCCAAAUGUAGUCUCUCCUUUCCCACAGGGAAAUGCUCAGCCCUCUCUGUUCCCACAGACAGCCCUUGGAGACCAUUUAACAAGAGUUCAUUGACCAUCAACUCUCUGCCAAGGAUAUAGAUAUGAUAAUGAGCAAAACCAAAAAUACCCUCUGGUGAUGAGGAUGGCCCAGUGAGGAGAAGGCUAUUAACCAAGUGAUCUUACAAGAGAAAGUAGAACUGUGGCCAGUGCAGUGAAGAAGAGAAAUGCAAUGCUAUGACUGAGAAUCUCCCAUAGGGUGAUCUGAUCUGGUCAGGAAAAGAUGGAAGAUUGUCCGAAGGAAGCGACUCUUGAGUUGAGGUUCCCUGGUGAGGAAGAAGAAAAACUGAAAGAACAGCAAUUGCAAUGCCCAGUAGGAGGAAGGAAAAUGGCAAGUUCAAGAACUUUUAAGGGAGUCCAUUGUGGCUGGAGUCUAGGAGGCAUAGCUUUCCAUAGUUGGUAUUUCAUUAUACCAGAGUGUUCCCAGUCAUCUGAUGACCUCAAGAUUUUUUUACACAUACCUCGUAAAUAAUUUAUUUAAAGGUUUUACGUGUAAGUCUGGUCAUGUUGACAAUCCCUGGAGGUACCAUCAACUCACCUUUGUGUUUAUACUCAACAGUAGGAUUAUAAAAUAGUAGAGCCAGAUGAGACCUCAGAAAUUACCUAGAGCCAAGUUCUCUUUUCCAGAUGAAGAAAUUCGGGUCUGAACCAUCCAACCAGUGAAUUGUGUCUUUUCAUAAGUGUUCUCUUAGGAUGGUUCAUCUACAAUUUAAUGUCCAUUUCCAGAAAACUAAAACUAGAAUUAGAAAACUUUUGACUUUUUAAAUCUUCAAAUUACUGCUGACAUGAAGAAUUAGACAUCUUGAGGCAUUCAAUGCUGUUUACUUCAUUUUCAAGAGAAAAAUCCAGUUGAGACCAGAACAUGUUGACUGAGUCAGGCAUUGAGUUAGGAGGUAUAGAAAUGAGAUAAGUGGAUGUGGCUCUCUCCAUGGGGUGAAAGAGACGGCUCAUAUAAAAUAAUGGCAGAUGGACUCUAAAACUGGGGUAUGCCCAGGGUAUUUUGGGAGCACAGAGAAUGGCUACUGAUCCUGAGAUGUUCAGGCAAACUUCCUGAAGGAAAUAACACCUAAGCUGAGUAUGGAAAGUUAAAAGCUGAGAGUGUUUGAGAUUAUAGGCAUAUGCCACCAGGCUUGAUAAAUGUCCCCAAAGUGAAAUUCCAUGGAAAACAUAAUCCAUUAAAAGAGUAAAAAAAGACCUCUUAUUUUAAAAUGAUUUGAGGGGAAGAAUGUAUUUCUACUAAGAGAAUGCUACAGAUGGUUUUCUGAAAAUCUGGGCACUGGACAGAGUGAUGGUUCUGGGAUGUGGGCAGGUUGCUCAGUGCUCUGAGCUUGUCUGUCUGUCUGUACCAUGAGGCAUCCCUGUAGGGUAUUGUGAAGAUGUGCAAGCUCUUUGAAACAUGCCAGGUCAAGAUGAGAGGUUAUUCUUGGCAUAUACACUAUCAGCUGGUUCAGAUUUUCUUUGUAGCCUGUUCUAGAGUCAUCCUGAAGAUCCUGCCUCUGAAGUGAGGAAUUCUUCAGAGAAAUUGAAGUUUUACCUUGUAAAAUUCAACCCUUUGAAGACCAAUCUCUGCAGUAAACUAAA